AUGUAUAUGAUCUUCAAGCUCCUGAUCAUCGGCGACGAGAUUAAAACGAGGAUCGUUGCUGCAAUUCUCUCCAGAUUGUCUGCUAAAUUGCGUAAAUUUCGGAAGAGCGGUUUGGAUUUGGAAUUCACCGAGAAUGACUGCGAAGACGAUGAUGAUGAGGAAGGAGGCGGCAGCGCAGGGAAACGAAGCGGCGAUGACAGCGACGACGGCGAAGAUGAACGAAGUGAUGUUGUUCGCGAAAUGCGAGUGCUGCGGACUGACGGAAGAGUGCACGGAGGCGUACGUAGCGAAGGUCCGAGAGCGGAACCAAGGGCGAUGGAUAUGCGGGUUGUGCGCGAGGUCGGAGCAGCAUAUUGGCAGUGA